AUGCACCAACCGGACAUGAAGCUCAAGCUCCCCGAAAUCUCCACCCCUACCACCAACACAUCCACAGAUGACAACGAAUGCACAGUCCGAGAACAAGACCGCUUCAUGCCAAUAGCAAACGUGAUCCGAAUCAUGCGAAAAAUCCUCCCACCACACGCCAAAAUCUCUGAUGAUGCAAAAGAAACAAUCCAAGAAUGCGUAUCCGAAUACAUAAGCUUUGUCACUGGUGAAGCCAAUGAUCGAUGCCAACGUGAGCAAAGAAAGACCAUCACAGCUGAAGAUGUCUUGUGGGCCAUGAGCAAAUUAGGGUUCGAUGAUUACAUCGAGCCACUGACUGUGUACCUCCACCGCUACCGUGAGUUUGACGGUGGUGAACGUGGGUCCAUAAGGGGUGACCCGCUGAUUAAACGAACCGCUGACCCGGGUCCAUAUGGGAUGGGUCCUUUUGUGCAUGGGUUUCAUAUGGGUCAUCAUCAUAAUGGGUUCUUUGGUCCUGCUAGCAUUGGUGGGUUCUUGAAGGACCCAUCAAGUGGUGGGCCUUCUGGUGCGGCUGCUGUUGCGGGUUUCGAACCGUAUGCUCAGUGUAAAGAGUGA